GCCAUCAGUCUUACUCUUUGCACCUUUCUAUUCUUUCGAUUUGGUGCUGGUACUAUAAAACGGUACUAAAGGAACCGCGCCUUGUCCGAUCCGUUUUUUAAUUGUCGUGCUUCCGUUCGUAACGCUUUUACACUAAAAUACCCGGUAGUUCGAGUUAGGUUUUCUAUUCGAACUGUUUUAACAUACCAAGCGCGAACGAACUUACCUUAGAUGGUCGGUUUUAACGCGUUCAGUUUUCUGUAGCCAACAUGCAAAAAGUGCUAGUUUUUGUGUUGUUCUGUGCAUUGGAAAUUCUGUGUCAAACACUACUCUUUAACCCGUACAUCAUUAAAAGGGCUGUUGAUAAUCAAUUCAGCGCCAUACAUCCCACCCCAAGAGGAGUUAAGGAUGUAUUUGAUCCCUUCCAUACAUCCCAAACAACGCAAUUGCUCACUCUACAACCGGUAAAGCGACACAACCAACCUUUAGCACCCUUCGACCCGUUUGCUGAAGAUCUCAAUGCCAUAAUUCAACCUGUACAGGUGGGAAUACCUUAUCAACCUAGAUUAACUCAAACGCCGUUAGAGACUCAAAAUCAUCACGCCGCAGUUGUUAGACCUAUCCCAGCCCAUCAUCUUUAUUCCACUCAUCAAGCACCACGGGCUAGUACUAGAAGAGCUGAUGUAGCUAGAAGUGAGAGCUAUAUUGUUCCACAUGCGGCUAUAAUACAGCCCUAUAGUCAUCAUGAUGGAGGAAGUCACAGUGCAUAUAAAUCUUCUGGUGGUGGUCAUAAGUCCGGACAAGGUGUCCACCAAUCUCAUGGAGAUAGCGAGAAGAAAGGUUACGGGUCCAAUCAUCACAACGAUGUAGCUAAACAUGAAAACCAUAACGAUUUUAAUAAGCAGUCUCACCACCAAGAAAAAGGUGGUAAUGCUAACAGUCACCAUGAUGAAGCGGACCAUUACAAGAAUCAUCAUGAAGCUGAAAAAUCUCAAAAAUCGGCUAAGUUUGGUGAGAAGAAAGGACAUAAGAGGGGUCAUAAAACUAGGGGAUACCAUAACAAGUUCCACCGGGAUGAAUAUCAUCGGGAGCAUCGAUUUUAUGAUGAUGCCCAUAAGGAAGGAUAUCACGAAAAGCAUGGAGAACAUUAUAAGAAGCAUAAAAAGGAAGAAGGAGCCCAUAAAGAUGGCGCCAGCCACAAAUCAGGCAAAAGCGAGAAACACCACGGCAAAGAGGGAGAUACGGACAAAGGCCACGUCGAAAAUGAACAUAAAGGGUUCAGCAAGGAGAAGGGCAAGAAAGCUUAUCACAAACAUUACAGCGAUCACGGUAAAAAGAAGGCUGUACAUAAAGGUAGAAAACAUGGAUACACCCAUGGAAAGAAACAGUGAUACGUAUUUUCAUACUGAAUUAAAUUUAAUUGCCUUAAUAGGUAUUGUGAUGAAGGUACAGUAAACUUGCCACUUCGUAAAACAAUUUUGUAUUAAUCUUCUUAAGUCCCAUAUUCAAUAUUCGCUGAUCCAGGGUGAGAUAAAAUUAAUAUUGAACACUGGUCUUCUUUAAAAG